AAUGACAUCUCUAGAUUUAAGACAACAGAAACUCGAACAACAGAGGCAACUGAUUGCCCAAAAAAUGAAACAGAAAAGACAAAGCGGUGCUGGUGGAAUGGUACAGGCAUCUAACAUAUCAAGUACACAACUUACAAGUCACUCUACCAAAUGGAUGAAUCCAAACAAGGAACUUCGAGGAUAUGAUGGACCACUGCAGUUUAAUAUAUCACAAACGAAUUCUGAGCUCAACACAUUUACAGAAAAUAAAGACAUAGAAGCAAGAAUGAACGAAGUAAGUGCAGAAGGAGGGUAUUACCAUGGCAUGGAAACUACCGAUGGUGCAGACGAGGAAUCAUCGCCUGUAGACAUACAUUCUCCUUUGGAAUCUUUACCAUUUCCUUCACCCCUUAGAGUAGCACCUUCAGAUGGUACUAAUGCAUUUAUCAAUAGGGAGAAUAAUUCUUCGAGUCCGGAAUUAGAAGGGAACGUGGAAGGAAAUAUUGAGCAUUUUGUGCUGCAACCAGCAAACAAAAAAAUGCAUUACAAGUGUAGAAUAACUCGUGAUAGAAAGGGUAUGGAUCGCGGACUGUAUCCAACUUAUUUCCUACAUUUAGAACGCGAUUAUGGGAAAAAAAUUUUCUUAUUGGCGGGCCGGAAAAGAAAAAAAAGUACGACAAGUAAUUACCUAAUUUCGACCGAUCCCACGGAUCUUUCAAGAGGAGGAGAGUCUUAUAUUGGAAAAUUAAGAUCAAAUCUCUUGGGUACACAAUUCACAGUUUACGAUAAUGGAUAUUCACUAAUAAAGGAUGACAAAAGAGAUGAACGCUUCAAUCCUAGACAAGAAUUGGCGGCAGUGAUAUACGACACUAAUGUAUUAGGAUUUAAAGGGCCACGUAAAAUGACGGUAAUUAUUCCUGGAAUGACAACAGAUCAGAAAAGGGUUGAGAUUUGUCCAAGAGAUGAAUCUGAAACGUUGCUCGAACGUUGGAAAACAAAAAAUAUGGACAAUUUAAUAGAAUUGCACAAUAAGACUCCUGUGUGGAAUGACGACACACAGUCGUACGUGCUUAAUUUCCAUGGACGAGUGACGCAAGCUUCAGUAAAAAAUUUUCAAGUUGUGCACGAUAGCGAUGUUGAUUAUGUUGUUAUGCAAUUCGGUCGCGUGGCGGAAGACGUCUUCACAAUGGACUACAGAUUUCCCCUGUGUAAUAAAAAUAAUACCGGUCAGAGGGAUCUACUAUGGACAAUCAGUAGAUUGAACUGUCAUUUGAUUUUUUCUUUUAAAUAG